AUGACACUGGCCGUCGGUUGGGGCCUGCUCAGCGCUCUGCUGGUCCUGAGAGUCCUGGGAGAUGUCCCGGCGGGGGAACUGUCCGAGAUCCAGAGUAAGACGAUCCAGCUGGUGAUGGAGAAGUUCCAUCAGAGAGAUCUGCAGAGCGGAUACAGGAUGACGUCCAUAGUGAAGGCAGCUGAAAAGUACAAUUCUGGGAUAUUCGUCAAUGUGGAGUUUCUGGUGAAACAGACGUCAUGCCGCAAACAUGACUGGAGCAAAUUGGACUGCAAGGCUGGAAAGAACGCAAGGAGCUAUAACUGCUUCGGGUGUUACAAGUUUGAAUACGACUCUCACGUGGUCAUAUCUCAGGUUGAAGAAUGCAUCCUGCCACGACACCUAAAUGAGGGGCGUCAGGCUCGGAGGAACGAUCUGUGUAAGGAGGUGGAGAUGAAGGAUUCUGGGAAGACCAAUGUGGGGAAGUACAGCUUCCAGAAGACGGAGUGA